AUGGCACUCGACUUUAAGUUUAUCGGUAGUGCUGUCUACACGAGUACGCAUUCGUUCUUUUUGUCAGAGCGUGCAUUCUAUUUGAUCACGGUUGAUAUUACCAAAGAGCCGCUGUCACAGCUUGACCUGUGGGUCAACUCGGUCAAGGCCAAGGCGCCGACGGCACCCAUCUACAUUGUCGCCACCCACAUUGACCACUAUGCCGGCGACAUUAUGAAGGCACUACAUCAGAUCGAAGGGUUCCUCAACGAACGAGAAGCACGGGCUCAACGACCUGGUCAUCCUGUCGCCGCAGUGGUUGAGCGACUGCUUUGCCGCCAUUGUCAUGUCGAAAAACACGCAUAUCCAAUCCGACUCAAUCCUGUCGCUCAAAAAGCUACACCACAUUUGGAAGGACCCUGCGAUCCCCGGCUUCCUCCACAUGAAACUCAUCCGUAUGCUUGA